AUUCGGACGUUGCGACGACCGUGGGAGUUGCGCUGCUACUUUCAAGGAAACAGCAUCCAGAGGGAUAACAUCUCGUUGACGAUCGUUUUUAGAUAACAGGGAGAGUCAGCCCAAUCGAGAUGUCGAGGCCAAUACUUAGCAGGCCGCGCACGUUCAUCUAUGGCAGCAACUACGACAAGGGCGAAUCUUAUUACAAGCCCAUGGUCGACCACCUAGACCGGAAGUACAGCGGACGGCCGUUGUUCCCGGAGCCGAGAAACUCUCUAGCCGACGAGAUCGCGGCGCGCCGUAGCGACAUCGGCACGCGCGACCUCUCCGGUCCUCGCACUGGCUCCCUCGGCCGUGACCUUGACCUCGACCUCGACCCUCGUACCCGCGCCUCCCAACUACCGCCCUUGACUGACCCCAUGCUAGGCUUUGAUGACGAAGACACUGUCUACGACAGCCGUGGACAACGCAUAUCGGCACGUCGUAGAUUGGGCGACGAGUUUGCGGACGAAGUAUCGGCGACGACGCGUCGUUUUCGGGCCCGAGUGGCAGCGAUGGGCCUCGAGGACGAGCUCGAAGCUGCGACCGUCGCGGGUCAGGCCAGAAGAAACGCCGCCGAUCUCCUGGAAAACACGGUGACCGCCAGGAAGGGUGCCAAAACGGCAAUCGAGGAUGUCGAAAGUAGUUUCAAGAGACGCUCGAAGCUCUUCGAUGAGAUCGAGCGUGCUGACGAGAGUAAACCGGUGUUCGCCAGGUGGUCCAAGUUGAUCAACGAGGAUGACGACUUAGCGCAGACCAGCGCCGCAGCCAGCCGAGCCAUGCAGACGAAAGCGCGUCUUCACGACAUCGAGUCGGAGAUGGAGGAACUCGCCGAGAGACAAGCCAAAAGGGAACGCAGGGCGGCGGCCCUCAGGGCGCUGGUCAACGAAAAUGCCGCUGCAGCUGAUGCCGAUCUCAUUCAACAAUCGGCCAUCAACAAGAAGGUGCGCAUCGCCGAACGCACGGAGAAGCAUGUCAGCUUCUAGAGAAUCUUGCGAUCUACUUUAAAUCUCACGAUGAUGUUUUACAGCCGUUAUAUCUUACACGCUGAAAACUUUAAAAAAGAUUUCAAAAAAAUUCGAUCUUAAAUCUAAAAAUGUUUUUUGUUAGAGAGAUCAUUAAUUUCUAUUAGCGAAAUCAUUAAUUUCUGUAAAUCAUACAAAGAAACAACUUGUAAUCAUUAAACACAAUUUUAUGUCAAAAAUAUUUAAAUGUAAUUUUAUUGUUGAUUUAAAUUCUACUUUCUUUCAUAAUAAAUUCAAAUAAAAAUUUUAAAUUAUUUGUUUUUAAUGACAUCAGCAUUGUAAUCUUUACUUGCACCUUUUUAAAAAAAUAUUUAAUUAUUAUAAAAAUAAAUAAAUAUUAAAAUAAUUUUUAUUUAAUUAAAAUUUUUUUAUUAUUGAUCGAUAAUGUAAGAAAUAAUCGACUUGCUGCAAAACAUUGUUGUAUUUUAAUAUAUAAAUAGAAUGUUUUCGAUGUAUACGCUGUUACAUGGCGGUCGCCAUUUUUACGGCGGUCGCGCAAUUAUAAUAUUAUAUUAUCGCUAAAAUUUGUUCGCGAAACAAAUGUACGAUGACUUGAUAAUUUUAAUAGUGUCUUAUUGACAAUAAAUUAUCAAUAAAUUUUAUUAAUAAUAUCAAUAUCAAUAAAAUUUAUUGCUAAUACUCAAUUUUGAUGCUUAUGCUCAUGAUAUAACACGUACGUUUGUUUUGCUAAUUCUAUAAU